AGAAAACAAAGCAAAUUAAUCUGUUGCUCAUUGCUUUUUCUGUGCAAAAGAGUAAAAUACAGAAGAGCACAACAUUUACUACAUACAAAAAUAAUAAAUGCUGUCAAAAAAAAUACAUACAUUAUUAUUGGGCUUACCUACACUAUCAUGAACACACAUCAUGAAUAUAAACUCGAAAACGGGUUUUUGCUAGAUGAGAAUGGGAAGAGAGUUUGAUGUUAGUUCAUGAAUUUCAAGCAACGAGAUUGCAGCUUGACAUUUUGAAAGGAAUUUAGUCGUAUUUUGAGCAGCUAGCGUUGUGUGUUUCGAGUGAAAAGUUUACAUGGCGAAAGACAAGUGGAGCAAACUGGAAACAGAGGAAUUAAUUUCAAUUUACCGAAAUUAUCCUCUUUUGUACAAUAUGAAACAUAAAGACUAUAUAAAACUUUCCAAAAAAGAGGCUGCGCUAAACGAAAUAGUCAGCCGAAUAAAAGUGAUUAAACCAGACGCAACAUGCGAAGUGGUUAAAAAAAAAAUAAAAACAUUAAAAGAUCAAUAUGGCGUAGAGCAGCGAAACAUUUUAAAAAAAAGUAGAAUUAAUACUGCAGCAAUAUAUACACCCAAAUUAUGGUGCUUUGAACAGCUAAGAUUUCUAUCUCAAUCAAGUGAUGAAUCAGUUGAUAGAAAAUAUAUAAACGUAAACAUCGGUAAUGAGAACAUAGAAAUAUUCCAACCGUCCACUUCAGCAGGCCAGUUGUCCAUUUCAGCUGAAAUACAAAAGCCAAAGAAGGAAAAUGAAUUGGACACAAUUUUGGACCAAACCGCGCAAACAUGCCAACUUGUGCAUGAUUUAAAAACAAGUGUAGAACAAGCGGAGGCCUCAAAGUCAGCAUCUUUUUGCAAGUAUAUGCAGACUGAGUUAGAUAAACUAGAUGAAACCUAUGAUGACGCACUGGAUGAUAUCAUAGCUGUCAUUCAACGCUAUAAGCGUAAGGAAAAAUUGCUUAAAUGUAGAACUGGUAACUUAGAGUAACUUAGAUGUACAUAUUUGUAUGUAUUUAAUUUCAAAAUAAUAAAAAAUAUUUGCACAUGUUUAAAUUCAAAAAUAUGAUUUAAG